AUGGGGUCCAUCAACAAACAAAUCUCUCGCUAUGAAAUCACAGCUGUUUUCACCCAUCCUGAUGCCAUAGUCGAUGUCGUUCUGGUCCAUGGCCUCAACGGCGACCCCCAGAGAACUUGGUCUUCUCUUGACGGCAAAGGCGUCUUCUGGCCUGCCGAUCUACUGCCACAGUCCCUGGGGAAAAUCCGCGCCAACAUCCUGGUCUACGGCUACAAUGCAGACGUUUACACGACUUCCAAAAGUCGCAAAAGUGCCAGCAAUAACUUCAUCUCCCAGCAUGCCCAGACUCUAGUCACCAACCUCACCCUUUACCGCAAGAGCGAGCGGACGUCCAGAAAUCCCAUCAUCUUUGUGGCGCACAGCCUCGGCGGUCUUCUCGUCAAGCGUGCUCUUCUCUACUCCAACGACGUUACAGACAGAAACCAAGAGGACGCCAGGUCUAUCUUCAUCUCGACCUAUGGCAUCAUCUUUCUGGGCACUCCCCACGCCGGUUCGGACAUGGCAACGUGGGGGCUCGUCUUGCAGAGAAUGGCAGAUGCCAUCGCACCCAGAAAAGUGUUCGAAAGCGAGUCGAUCCUCCUCAAAACCUUGAAGAGAGACAAUGAAACCCUGGAAUCCAUCAGCAAUCACUUUCUCGAUAUCUACCAGCGUUUCAAGAUCCACAUGGCCCACGAAAACCACAAGACGGAUGUCAAAGGCACAAAAAUGAUAGUAGUAGACACAGCAUCGGCAGGCCCGCAACUACCAGGCGUCAUUUACUACGGCAUCGAGGCCACUCAUUCCGGCAUGUGCAAAUACGACAGCGCCAGUGCGCCCGGGUACAGAAAUGUAUCGACUGCCAUACGGGACUGGGCAGAAGAAGCCCCGACAGUGAUACGGACUCGUUGGGAGAUCGAAAGUAACAACAGGAGUGUGAGAGCGCAAUCUGAGGCCGCUGAGAGGACGCGUGGCUAUAGAAGCCCCACGGAAAUAUCUUUGCCAGCCAGAGGUGCAACAUGCGGUAAAACAGUUGAGACAGUCGAGCCUAAUACUUCGGCAGAUACCAGAAUCGCUCAAGUUACUGAAGUCGCAUCACCAACUGGAAUUACCAGCACUACAUACUACUACUCUCCGUCGGGCUCAGUGCGGGAAACCUCGACUCCACGCCCUCUUUUUGUCCACCCUGACCGGUUCCGGCCGAAUUCGUUCUUCAAGGGGCGCAAAGACGAACUGCACAGUCUCCACAAGCUGUUGACGGACCCCAGGAGACGAUCAGAGGGUACCUCUGCCGUGCUCGUCCAGGGCAUUCCCGGGGCUGGCAAGACACACUUGGCUCGUCAGUAUGUGUUCAACCACAAAGAAGACUAUCCAGGUGGCAUAUACUGGAUUCGAUCGACCACGCUGCAAGACAUGGAGGACGGUUUUUGGCGUAUCGCCAAAACCGAGGCUAUCAGGGGCAUGGCCGCUCAAGAAGAAAAGAAGGACUUGUCGAACCCCCAAAAGAUGGUGGAGAUUGUAAGGAGUUGGUUCAACGAGUCAGAAAACUGGCUACUAGUAUUCGACGGCAUUCGGUUCGGUGACGACGCUGUGCUCGACUUUAUACCCGAUAGACCAAACAGCAGCCUCAUCUACACGUCAACCGAGCGCGCCGAGCCUGGUGCAUAUCGACUGGAUAACCCUAGCAUCCUGAAGCUGGGUCUACUUCCGGUCCAGGAUGCGCAAGAGCUGCUGCUCGAGGAGAUGGGAAAGAAGCAGCCAUACACGAUUGAUGAUCUCAGGCGGGCCCAAGACCUGGUUCAGCUGAUGGGUCGUCUACCAUUGAUGAUCCAUGCUGCUGCACUACAGAUGAACGCCACGCGAGAGCCCCUUGCAAAGUAUUUGAAGUCGUUUCGGGAUACGCCGAAAGUGGGAGUUCUUCCGGCCUACAAGACAAUUCGAGACCAGCUGCAGAAACGAGGUGACAUCACUGCGCUGAAUCUCAUAUACAUACUCUCUUUCUUUAGCCAAUCGAUGCCAGUCGAGAUGCUGGUACUUGGGCUCAAGGCCCUCGACAAGCGAACGCCGGUGAAGACGGCUACCGCUCGCCACAAGCGAAGCUUGACGCAGACGUUCGUCACUUUAAUCAAUUUCGCUCUCGUGGAGCGGAACGAGACGGAUGAUCCUUCCUCAAGCUCGCAAAGCUCGCGUCAAAGCGUCGACCUCACCCCUGAGCCCUUGGACACUCUUCGUGUCCACAGCAUUGUCCAAGCAUUCUUCGUCGAGCUUCUUGCUGAAGAGGAACAGUUGGAGUUCUGGCUGGAGCGCGCAGUUCGUGUCUUCUGUCACUCAUUUGACGAAGCUGAUGCCAGAAUAAAUCAGGAUUCUGACACAGGCUUGCCUGACGACUACCGGCAAUACAUAAGGCAUGGAAAGAAGUUGAUGGAGCAUCUCGAUCGUUACAAGCAUUCGAAUAUCUCUGAAAAAGCUAGGGGCCAGACCAACCUGCAACAGUAA